UAUGGAAUUUAUAUUUGUAUUACCUGGUUGGGAAGGUUCCGCUUCAGACUCAAGAGUACUUCGAGAUGCAUUAAGUAGGCCAAAUGGAUUAAAAGUACCCACCGGUUAUUAUUAUUUAGUGGAUGCUGGUUACACUAAUGGUGAAGGAUUUCUUGCACCAUAUAGGGGAACAAGAUAUCACCUUUCCGAAUGGAGAGAUGGUUGUGCACCUGCAAAUCAUGAAGAGUAUUUCAAUAUGAAGCAUGCAUCUGCUAGAAAUAUAAUAGAAAGAUGUUUUGGGGUUCUAAAAAUGCGAUGGGCAAUUUUAAGGAGUCCAUCGUUCUAUCCAAUUUCAACCCAAAUUAAGAUAAUUACUGCAUGUUGUUUGAUACAUAAUCUUAUUAGGAGAGAAAUGGCACUUGAUCCUGGAGAAGCUGAGUUUGAUAUGAGUAACGAUGCUGACAUAAGUGGGGAUGAAGAUAUUAUAAGAUCAAUUGGUUCUUCGGAUCAAUGGACUAAUUGGAGAAAUGAGUUAGCUAGGCAAAUGUUUGAUGAGUGGAGAAGUCGUCGUGGUUAA